AUGGCAAUAAACUUGAAUUGCUUUGGAAAAUCUUCCUCGCGAUUGCUCUUCUUCUCAUCCACUUCAACCUCCGUCCCCAACGCACGUAGAAUCCAACACAAUGGCAUCUCUGCCAACAUCAUCGACACCAUCACCUCCACAGCAAGGCACGAAGCCAUGUAUAGGAGCGAGCAAUGGUCCGAUCUCUCGAUUGAGACGCCGACAAGAACUUUCCGCGUCCACAAAGCUGUCGUGUGCGAGCUCAAUCCGUUCAUGAAGGCGGCCUGCACACGUGGCUUCGUGGAAAGCAAUCGAAUUCAGCUUCCAGAGGACGAGGCGGUUGUCGAGGCGAUCCUUCAGCACUUCUACGAAGUUCCGGUUUACUGGCGGCAACAGACAAGUGCUGGAUAUUAUGGAGCCGUGUAA